CUUCCUGCAAUUUUGCCAGCCUGAUUCCGGCACAAAGAAAGAACGAUAUCUCAACAACGAAAGCUUCUCACUGGAUCCCCAAAUCUUUGCAAAAUAUUGACUUUAGAGAAAGGCUCCCUCUUUUCCUCUAUCUAACUGAAGAUCCACGCACUGGGCAGACGAGGCAGCUGGCAGCCUGGGCGAACAGCACCGAUGGAGCCGAGCGGUACCAGCCCCCAGCCUCCAUCCCCCACCAGCCGGACUGCCUUCCCUCAGCGGACCUUGGAGACUGUUGAUAUUGUUGUCCUGGUUUUGUACUUCGUCUUUGUGUUGGCUGUGGGCCUGUGGUCAAUGUGGAAGACAAAACGAAGCACCGUCAAGGGUUACUUCCUAGCUGGAGGCGAGAUGGUCUGGUGGCCGGUGGGGGCCUCUCUGUUUGCCAGCAACGUGGGCAGUGGGCAUUUCAUCGGCUUGGCUGGCUCUGGUGCGGCCUCUGGAAUUGCUGCCACGGCCUACGAGUGGAACGGAAUGUUUUGUGUCCUGGUGCUGGCGUGGCUGUUUGUUCCCAUUUACCUUGCAAGUGGGGUUACAACCAUGCCAGAAUAUUUGCAGAGACGGUUUGGUGGCAAAAGGAUUCAGAUCUUCCUUGCAAUUCUCUACUUGUUUAUCUAUAUAUUCACCAAAAUUUCAGUUGAUAUGUAUGCUGGAGCUCUCUUCAUCCAACAGGCCUUGCACUGGGACCUCUACAUAGCAGUCAUUGGUUUGCUGGUCAUCACUGCAAUUUACACUGUGGCAGGUGGCCUGGCAGCAGUAAUCUACACGGACACCCUGCAGACGGUUAUCAUGUUGGCCGGCGCACUCACUCUGAUGGGCUUCAGCUUUGCCAAAGUCGGAGGCCUUGAGGAUCUGAAGAACAGAUACUUCAAAGCCAUCGCAAGCAACCACUAUGGAAACACCAGCUGCGGCUUGCCAAGGGAGGAUGCCUUCCACAUAUUUCGGGACCCUGUCACAUCCGACUUUCCCUGGCCAGGUAUCCUAGUGGGAAUGACCAUCCCAUCUCUGUGGUACUGGUGCACCGACCAGGUCAUUGUCCAAAGAUCCCUGGCGGCGAAGUCUCUCUCUCAUGCCAAGGGUGGUGCCCUGCUCGCCUCCUACUUGAAGAUCCUGCCCCUCUUCAUGAUGGUCUUGCCUGGCAUGAUCAGUCGCAUCCUCUUUCCAGAUCUAGUGGCCUGUGCUGAUCCCGACUCCUGUAAAGACAUCUGUGGCAAUCCAUCUGGAUGUUCAGAUAUUGCGUACCCCAAACUUGUCAUCGAGCUUCUGCCACUGGGACUAAGAGGGCUUAUGAUGUCGGUCAUGAUCGCAGCACUGAUGUCCUCUUUGACUUCCAUCUUCAACAGCGCAAGCACCAUUUUCACCAUGGACCUUUGGCGACAUCUUCGACCUCUGUCUUCUGAAUGGGAGCUCAUGAUUGUUGGCAGGGUGUUUGUUCUGCUCCUUGUCGUCAUUUCCAUUUUGUGGAUCCCGCUAGUGCAAGCCAGCCAGGGUGGACAGCUCUUCAUCUACAUCCAGACCAUCAGCUCUUACCUGCAGCCCCCGGUGGCCAUUGUGUUUAUCCUGGGAUGCUUUUGGAAGCGGACAAACGAGAAGGGGGCAUUUUGUGGUCUUUUGGUUGGCAUGGUGAUAGGCCUGAUCCGGAUGGUUUUGGAUUUCGUCUACCUGCAGCCAGGCUGUGGGGAGUCAGAUGACCGGCCAGCUGUGGUGAAAUACGUGCAUUAUCUCUACUUCUCCAUGAUCCUGGGGGUGGUCACGCUCAUCGUGGUGGUGGCUGUCAGCCUCUUGACGGAGCCCCCUCCGGAGGAAAUGAUCAGCCGCCUCACCUGGUUCACCCGCAAGGAUGUUCCCAAAAAAAAUGAUGUUCCAGUUGCAUCGUUAUCCAUUCCAGUGAAAGGAAUCCAUGAGGCUGGUCCUUCUCCUGCGGGGCAGCUGGAAAUCACGGAUGGCCCAGAAAACGCUUGCAAAAACGGUUCAGGUCCUUUGGACACAAAGAAGACGUCUAAAUUGAUGAGCCUCUUUUUGUGGGUUUGUGGGAUGGAAAGCAGAGAUAAGGACUCAUCCAGGAUGCCUGCUGAACCCAAAUCUGGAGUCACGUCCAAGGCUUCCCUUGAUGAACCACCUCUGGUGAAGCACAUCCUCAACAUCAACCUGAUCUUGUGCAUCAGCGCCGGGGUCUUCCUCUGGGCCUACUUUGCUUAGCCUCGGACCCUGCCAGCCAUUGCAGAGACACUCUUAGUCCUUUUGUGCUUGCACGCCUGGAGUUCAAGAACGAGAAGCAUCAAAGCAAAGACAAAGCGACGAUCUUGCACAUUGUACAUUGUUUGUAUCCCAUAGGAAAAAUGGUUGAAUUAUGUGAAGAAUUCUGCUUUGGCUGGGUCAGGGUAGCGAAGGGAAUCCUUUGUUAUAAACGUUGCACAUUCAGUGUGUGUAAAAACAAAAAAACAACAACCAGAAGGACUGCACUUUUGAUGUUUUAUUCCCCAUGGAUGCUCUGGACCAGAAUCAUAAACAAGCAGCAUUCCCGGGAUACAUGGAGCUAAAAAAAAAAGAAAAAAGCCAGUGAUGACAAAAAUGUAUUUUUCAUCAACUCGCCAUGUCUACUUGGAAUACGGAAAAAUAUUUGAUAAAAUCAGAUCUGGAUGGAAUUGCAAUGCAAAAUUCUCCUGCAAGUUGGCUUGACGGCAGAAACGUUAUUUGAAGAACAACAGUCUUGUGGCUAAGUUUUUCCUUAAAGUCACAGGGGCCUAAUGAUGGAUUUCGCCCUAAUUCUGUUUCUGAAGCUGUGUGUCUUCUGUUUGGCCACGUUGUGGACUUCUGGGGCUGCCUAUGGUGUAAGGAGCAAGGAAAAGCAUCAAGCCACCCCUCACUAGUGAUAAGCUGCUGUUCCCGGUUCAAACUGGUUCGGGUGAACUGGUAGUUGUGACCUGCGGGUGGGGUGGGCCCCCUGCCCACCUGCCUCGGCGCUAUGCCGUCCUAUUUCGCUGCGUUUUUUAAACUGUGUGCAUGCGUGCAAGUGCACGCACGAGCAAUGGCCAUGCGCAAACGUGCACACUCACAUUUUUGGUGCUGGGGCGAAUCGGUUGUUAAUUCAUGUGCCGCCCACCUCUGCCCCUCACCUAAUGUGGGGGACAAUGUUGCUGCAUUGUCAGGAUGGGAUCCAUUCCUUAGGCCAGUUCUUUUCAUGGACAUCUUCUCUGAGGAUACUUUGAGGAAUCUCAAAAAACCACCAAAAAAAGGAUUUGUAGGUACAACUAUAUCCCAAGGGCACUUUUGGUGGGCUGAUGCAAUUGACAUGAAGACCCCUUGCUCCGUUAGGCGGAGUGUCCCCUGGACUCGGCUGCCAGCACACUGUCCUGCAGGAGCCCCUAGAGUUCAAUGACCUAAGACAGGGGUCUGCAAACUUGGCUCUUUUAAGACUUGUGGACUUCAACUCCCAGAGUUCCUCAGCUGGCUGAGGAACUUUGGGAGUUGAAGUCCACAAGUCUUAAAAGAGCCAAGUUUGCAGACCCCUGACCUAAGAGCAUCUCCCAGAGCCAGCAAUCUCAGGGUCCCAUCUGGGCAGGAAGUCCAUUCCAACCUUAUGGCCCUCGUUCCUUUCAGCUGCUGGUCUAGACUGCUGCAGCAUGGUUGCAAUGAUAUAUGGGGUCAAACCUAAUACCAUGUUUCCCCAAAAAUACCACCUACUCAGUUUGAUAGCAAAAAAACAACAACAACAGACGCGCGCAAGUGAGGCGAGUCAGUGGAUGACAUCCAUUGCCUUUUUUUGUGGCAAAAAAUAUGUAAGACAGGGUCUUAUUUUCAGGGAAACACGGUAGUGUGUGAUUAAGAGUUGGUUUUUCCAAAUCCAGUCAUGUAAACCAUGGUGUGUGGCUAAGAGCAGAGUAUUGUUGAGAAUAGCAGCUUUCCUUAGCAGCGCACCAGACCUCAAGGGUCUCAGCCAGGGGUGAAAUCCUACCGGUUCGGACUGGUUCGGGCGAACCGCUAGGGAUUAUGGGCAUCAGUCCGCCAAACCGGUAGUAAUUACCCCUCCUUGGCCCCAUCCACACCCGCCCGGUCGCCGCUCACCUCUUCCGGCCACUCGAUAUGCCACAGAAUUCAAUCUUAAAUGCAGCAGAGAGAAUGCUAACUUUUCUCCCUCCAUUCACAGCGGAGCUGUUGCAGCUUGUCCCUUUUAAGGUAGUCCCCAGGAGGGAGGGGGAUGGGGGGGGAGCAGCGGGAAUGGAGCCGUUUUUGUGAAAGGCAGGAAAAUGGGGAAGGGAAUUUUCCUGCCUAUCAUCCAUUCCUCAACCUCAGCACAGACUGAGGGAAGGACGGUAAACAGGAAUAUUCCCCCUCCCCAUUUUCAUGCCAUUCGCGACAAGGAGUGGCUGGGAGGGGAGGGGCCGUUGAGGAGCGCCUCGAUGUGAGUGAUGUUGAAUUGGCCACGCCCACCCAAGUCACAUGACCCCACCACCAAGCCACGCCCACAGAACCGGUAGCGGAAUUUUUUUAAUUUCACCCCUGGUCUCGGCCACAAGGAGGGCCAAACGCCACUUCCAUUUGCUUACCGUUCAGGUGUGUUUGGCGCACAAAACAUUUUUUCCCAGGGGAAGGAAGUAAUGCCGAUGACAAACAGCAUGGGGCCCUGAUAAAAAUGUUCCAUAGGAAAGUGCGGGUGAAGCUGGAUCUUUAACCGGAAAUGAAGCUAUGGAGGCAGGAUGAGAAACCCAACGGCUUCCCCAUCACAUUCCUGCGGGCAGCGCCAGAACGGACUGUGGUUCCCUCAUGUUCAGCAGAGGACCUGUGGGCAGCGCCCUCUUCCUGGGUGCAAACAUGCAGACUGUAUUGUUUACAGCAACGGUCACCAACUGGUGGUCCGUGAACAACUGGUGGUCCACGAGAAAAUUUUGGUGGUCCGCAGAAAAAUUAGUUGCAUUUUUUAUAUUGCACUAAAUCAGGGGUCCUCAAACUACGGCCCCUGGGACGGAUGCAUGCAAUGAAUGUUUGUGUUGCUGCAGAGUCUUCCCCUUCAGGGUCUUUUUGUGUGGGUCAGAGAGGGGCAGAAAUUCUGACUUGGGGUCUGCUUCAGCCUCCUGGUGUGGGGCUUUGGGUGAAGGCUGGAGGGAAGUGCCGCUGGUGGCGAAGAGCCAGAGGACCUUGUUCCAAUGGGACUGCAUCAUGGCCUGGAACUGGCUGACCAUCUCAGCCUGCUGAGCCUCCAGGUGCCGGUACCUGGCCUUGCACUCCCGCAGGUCUUCCCUCUGCUUGGAAAGCCUAUGCUCCUAGUCCUCAGUGAGGUGCUUCUGCUGAGCCUCCUUCUCGGUCAGAUCCAAUUUGAACUGAGCUGUUUUGCCAACUCUUUCUCAUGGCGGCUGCUUAGCUCCAACUGCUUCCCGUUGGGGCCCUAAAGAGCCCGGGCAAGGAGGAGAAGUGGUUGGGAGGGGAGGGGUGAGUAGAGGUUGGCGAGGCACCCCUCGAUGUGAGUGACAUCGAGUUGGCCACGCCCAGCCAGUCACAUGACCACCUAGCCACGCCCACCCAGCCGGUCAUUAGGCAGAUCAUAUUAGUGGUCCGCGGGAUUUUAAAUUAGGAAUUUAGUGGUCCCUGAGCUCCGAAAGGUUGGGGACCCCUGGUUUACAGAAUACUUCGGGAGUAACGACAUGUUUUUCGUGGUGUUUAAAAAAAGAUCAACGUAUGUGUUGCUAUUUAUUAUUCUGAAGAGAGUGAGGGGCCUCUGCAGACAUGCAGCUCUACCCCUGGGCUCUGCUGUUUUCUUCUCGAGGCACCCAUGAGCCUACUUCAAGUCUAUGUUUACCAGAUGGAGACCACACCAUGCCAUUCUUUUUUCUUUUGGAGGAGCUUCAUAACAAUAAAUACAUACAGCUCAGUGGUGUGAUUAUUAUUAUUAUUUUUAAAAUGAGAUUAAAAAAUGGUUGGGAGAAGAGCUGCAGAAAACCAUGGACCAGAAAUUUAUAUAAAUCUUGCAUAGUUGAAAAUGCCUUUAUAAGGUGCACUUUCUUAUUGGAAAGAUUUCAGGUGUCAGUCAUUAUAUCCUGAUAA